AUUUCAGAUUGACAGCUUCAUCAACAAAAGCGAAGUUCGUAAACUUAUUGUUUAAUAAACUAAAUACAUUAAUUUUAAUUACAAUACCAUUAAUUUACACAACUGUUGUUGUUUGAAACUCAUCCUCGUUUAAAGAUUUUAACUAGGUGCAAUAAAUGUAUAACAUAUAGAGAACAAUUCUUCCAAGCGCUUUUUUUUUAUCAACAAUCCAGUUGCUACACAGUAUAACAAAUAUAUUUGCGUAAUCAAUUAUGAAGAUCAUCAUUCAGAUGAUAAAGUACGAACGAAUGUGACAAACAUCUUUUUAUGGACAUAUUAUUUCGGUAAAAGGUCAACAUAAUAAAACUCGCAUAGAUUCUUCUGGAAUAAUUUAAACCGGCGGAAACUAUUGAAGUAAAAGUUGUAAAAUGAUACUUUCGACAAUUAAUAAGUGUUUUCACAAAAUCCAACAAUAUCGGUAUAGAUUCAUAUUUUGUAUUCUGAUAACGACGUCUUUAUUAAGUCUGCUAUUGAAUAACUUAAAAAAACAUGAUGAAGUGCGGAGUUGUUUUACUCAUUCAAAUAAAAGAACUGAACUAUCAAAACUCGAAGAUAUUCUACUAAGUAAUCGAAAACCUCAACCUGGAAAAAGUAUAUUCUUUCAUGAAACAUCAUGUUCAUCCUCGUCUAUAAACAUGCUUAGCUUAAGCGCUCGUCAAGCCUGUGCUAUCGAAUCUGCAGCAUUAAGUAACCCGAACUACGAUGUUUUUGUUCUUUUUGCCAGUCCAACAUUUUUUAAUAACGGAAGUUCGCAACCAAUUUUAGAGUCAAUACUUAGUUAUCCUAACGUUUACAUUCGAAAUUUAAAUCUUUGGACAUAUGCAUCUAAUACUCCUAUCUACGAUUGGUUGCUCAAUGAUGAGCUUUUCUCCUCAAAAUAUGUUUUGUCACAUAUAUCUGAUUUUCUCAGAUAUCUAACAUUAUGGCGAUGGGGAGGAACUUACCUCGAUUUAGACGUGAUAGUCAAAAAAAGCUUGGAGAACAUUCCAUCAAAUUAUGCAGGUGCUGAAUCAGAUACAUUUAUAGCAGCAGGAGUAAUGAACUUUGAUGCAACUGGUUUUGGUCAUGAAAUCGCAGAACUAUGUUUAAGAGAUUUUCAGUUGCAAUUUAAUGGUAACGACUGGGGAAACAAUGGUCCAGGAGUGAUUACUCGUGUUUUAAAUAAAGUCUGUAAAACUAAAUGACCAACAGCUAUGACCAGAGAUCGUUGUUUUGGAUUUCAUGUUUACUCAAAAGAAGCAUUUUACGCAGUUCGUUGGAAGAAUUGGAGCCACUUUUUUGAGGAAGCAUUUUUGGAAAAUACUUUGUUAAAAACCAAAGAUUCUUUUGUUAUUCAUGUUUGGAACAAGCACAGUAAAAAUCGACUUGUAAAAGUUGGUUCAAAUGUGGCCUACGGAAAAUUGGCUGAACAGCAUUGUCCAAAAGUAUAU